AUGUCAAAAUCUGUCGCAACAUCACCAACAUCGAUACUUAAUUCGAAUUCAUCUCUAUCUGAACUAGCAGCACAACCUCAAUCAGACUCAGACUCAUCACUAAGCAUGCCAGAAGAAAGUCGCAACGAGACCGUCAAUUCAAAAUGUCUCCGCGAAGAAGUAUCUCCACAGAUCAACGGUAUUAGUCAAGUAACAUUGCAAGAUUUAAAAAAAGAACUAUUGAUCACGACAGUGCUAAGUUCCUGGAAAAUCGAAAAGGAACUAUCAAAACUAUACCCUCUGUCUAAUAUUUUAACGGAUAUAACUUCGCUUAAAACACAGUGCACUGAAUUUCAGAGAUCUAAUACACAAAUGGAUAAUUCAAUAACAUUCUUAUAUGCUCAAUUAGCAGAGAUGAAAAAACAGUUGGAAACAGAAAGAAACUUCUAUAAGCAAAAAUUUACAGUAUUAGAAGAACAAGUUAAAGAAUGCCAGCCGCUUUCACGAGCCUCAUUUAUUGAAGUGAGGAAUGUACCUGAAUCAAGAUACGAAACAGUGUCAGACCUAAUAAACUUUAUCCAGAAACUGGGUAUGACUUUAGACAUAAGGAUUAACUACCACGAUAUCCGUGAUAUAUACAGACGUGGAAACCCCGAGAAAACAAAAACUAUAGUAGUCGAAUUCAUGACUGUUCAAAUGAAACAUAUGAUUCUUUCUUCAACACGGCGAUUUAAUAAAAAUCGUGCUAUAGCAGAUAAACUGAACUGUGAGCACAUUGGAAUGAUCGGUGAAAAACGUCCGAUUUACGUUGUAGAACACCUAUCUAUUUCAGGCAGUAAACUUUUCUUUCAAGCUCGUCAAUUUUCCAAAAAGUGCGGAUAUCAAUUCUGCUGGACCAAAAACGGUAAGAUUUUCCUCCGUGAGAAUACAAAUACUAAAUUCAUUCAUGUUAAGACGGAGCAAUGCCUAUCUAAUUUAAUCGACUUAUCUAAAAUUUAA